CGAAAAUUUGGAUUUCGCUCUCUCUCUCUUCUCUCUCUCGUCGCGUCGCGUCGCGUCUCGGUCAACGGCAGUGCCGGCAUCAGCAUCUGUUGCAGGAGGGUGUGGGCAGGGAUCUGGCAUCAUGAGCGUGUCCUUUGGACCCGCGUGCAAGACCACGGGGCUGGUCGCGUUCUCGCCCAAUAAUGACUUUGUGGCCACGACUCGCGAGCACGUCUUGGUCAUUCGGCAUGCGCAUAGCUUUGAAAUCUUUCAGCGCCGCCCUGCUCACGAUCAGAUUGACUACUUGGAGUUUUCUGCUGAUUCAAUGUAUGUCAUGGUGGCCAACUUCAAGCGAGCCUUGGUCGAGGUUUUUUCACUCGAAGAUCCCGAAUGGACCUGUCGCAUCGACGAGGCUGCAACAGGACUGGAGGCGGUGCGCUGGAGCCUGGAUGGUCGACAUGUGUUGACCACGUCAUCGUUCAAGCUGCGCAUCACAGUAUGGUCCUUGGUGAGCCCACAUGUGACUUACAUCAAGUUUCCCAAGCAUGAUCAGCCAGGCUUUUCGUUAGCCCCAAACGGCCGCUUGAUGGCCGUACUUGAGCGGCGACAAGGCCGCGACUAUUGCUCAAUCAUUUCCACCGAGGCCUGGAAACUUGCUUGUCAAUUUACCACGGAGACCUCGGAUGCACAAGAUGUGGUCUGGUCCCCUGACUCGGGCACUUUGGCCAUCUACGAGUCGAAUCUCUAUUACAAGAUCAACUUUUUCGACGUGCAGGGCCAACUCCUUGGCACCUACAGUGCAUACGAAGAUGCACUCGGUAUCAAGGGCGUCUCGUGGUCGCCUUCAUCACAAUUGAUAGCUGUGGGCAGUUAUGAUGAGCGAGUGCGCCUUUUGAACAAUAUCAACUGGAAGCGAGUUACCGAAUUCGAGCAUGAGACCCGACUGGUCGCGUCCAAAAAAUGGACCCUUUUUCAAGAAGAGGCGGUGGAGGGCGACACGCAAGCGCGCCAUUUUGUUGUGGUACCUGAACACUUGAAGCUCGUGCGGCUGACGCAUAAUCCCGAAAAGCCCAACCCUCGCAUGGGCAUUGCGUGGUCGCGCUUUAGCUGUGAGAGCCGCUAUCUGGCUACGCGCAACGAUGCGACAGCGACUUGCCUUUUCAUCUGGGAUGUGAGCAAGCUGCGCAUGUUGGCAGCUGUCAACCACGAGCACCCACUUCGAGACGGCUCCUGGCACCCCACCCGACCCUUGCUGGCAGCCUGCUCAGGCAGUCCUUAUAUCACCUUCUGGACGCCUGAUGGCAUCACCUGCGUCCGUACCCCCAGCUCAGAUGAGAUGAAGGUGUCCCACUUGCAGUGGAGUAAGGAUGGCACUAUGUUGCUCUUGUCUGAUAAGAAACGGGCAAUGGCCUGCUUUCCCUUGGAUGCAUUCGGCUUUUGAUGAGCUCAUGAGCUCUUCCGUUUACGCUCGGACAGAACGUCAGACCCUGCAUGCUGCGCAUGCCCUGUCGCUAACCCGCAACUUUUACUCAAACUUU